UUGUGUGUCCCCGCCAUAUUGUCGUCCUGUGUCUUUGACUGAGGCCCCCCAGGUCUCUCUCCUCGGUAUCUCUGUCCCCUCCACUGACAGCAGGAAUCGCAGGAGGUCACCUGGACACCCGGUGACUGGAAAUGGAGUCAGUGACCUUGGAGGAUGUGGCUGUGAACUUCACGUUGGAGGAGUGGACUAUGCUGAAUGCAUCCCAAAAGGAGCUCUACAAAGAUGUGAUGCAGGACACCUUGAGGAACCUGUCCUAUAUAGGUGAAGGAAACAAAUGGGAACACCAAAAUAUUGAAAAUGAGUGUGAAACUCUCUGGAGAAAACUAAGGACCAGUUGUCAAGAGAAGUCAUUAUGGAGAUACAAUAGCCAGUUGUUGGAGACACUCUGUGAAUAUACCGAGGGUCGUCAGCGGGCAGAAACCUUUAACUGGACCCCAGAGUGUGCUGUGAACCAGAAGUCAUGUCCAGUUCCCCCAUAUGAAAGCCCUGUCUAUGAAGAAGUAGUUAUUGGCCAUUUAUCCGUGAAUGUCUCCCCUCAUCCUCACCCGGGACACAAACCGUAUGCCAUUCAGGAAUAUGGAAAAGAAUUGUAUAAACACAGGGAAUCUGGGAACACCUCCAAUUCUUCCACACCAUUUCAGAAACAAAAGACAAUUCACACUGAGGAGAAACCUGAAACUAGUCACUGUAAGGAAGAUUCCAGGUGUCUCCCAUCCAGUCAAAACGAUGGAAAGACCUCCAGUGGAGAACCGCACUAUGAAUGUAAGCAGUGUGGGAAAGCAUUCACUUCUUCUAGCUCUUUUCGUAGGCAUGAAGAGUAUCACAGCCGAGAAAAAUCCUAUGUGUGUAAGCAGUGUGGGAAAGCCUUCCCCUUUCCUAGCUCCCUCCAAAUACAUGAAAGAAUCCACACUGGUGAGAAGCCCUAUAUGUGUAAGCAGUGUGGGAAGACCUUUGCCCGUUCGAGCUCCCUGCUGACGCAUGAGAGGAUUCACACUGGAGAAAAGCCCUACGUGUGUAAGCAGUGUGGGAAGGCCUUCACCGAUCGUAGUUCACUUCGAUUCCAUGAAAUGAUGCACAGUGGCGAGAAACCGUAUAAGUGUACGAAAUGCAGUAAGGCGUUUGCUUCCUCGGGUGCCUUUCGAAAACAUGAACGAACUCACACAGGAGAGCAACUCUUUGUGUGUUUGCAAUGUGAGAAGGUUUUUAGCUGUGAAAGUGCUUUUCGAACACAUAAAAUAAUUCAUUCUGGAGAAUGUGUCUGUAAGCAAUGUGGUAAAGCCUUCACGAGUCACAGUUCCGUUAAGUACCAUGAAUUGAUGCAUAGUGGAGAGAAACCCUAUGUAUGCAAGCAGUGUGGGAAAACCUUUAGGUCUCCAAAGCAAGUUCAGAUUCAUAAGCGAACUCACACUGGAGAAAAACCUUACGUCUGUAAGGAAUGUGGGAAAGCUUUUACCUUUCUCGGUUCCCUUCAAUACCACGAAUUGAUUCAUACCGGUGAGAAACCCUAUCUAUGUAAACAAUGUGGGAAAGCCUUCAGGUCUUCUCGUCAAGUUCAGAUACACGAGCGAACUCACACUGGAGAGAAACCAUAUGUAUGUAAGCAGUGUGGCAAAGCCUUCUUUUCUUUGUAUCAUUUAAGAAGACAUGAAGUAAUUCACAGUGGCACAAACCCCUAUGUUUGUAAGCAAUGUGGGAAAGCCUUUAGUUGGUUUAGUACCUUUCACAGUCAUAAACAGACUCACACUGGUGAAAAACCCUAUUUAUGCAAGCAAUGCGGAAAAGCCUUCUGUAGUCGCAUAUCAUGGAGAAGGCAUGAGAAAGCUCACACCACAGUAAAGCCCUAUGCGUGUGUGCAAUGUGGAAAAGCCUUUCGUUCUCCUAGUUAUCUCAAAAUACAUGAAAGGAUCCACACUGGGGAGAAGCCAUUUAUAUGUUCUCAGUGUGGGAAACCCUUCCGUUCUUUUCGAUAUGUCAAAUCACAUGAAAGAAGCCACACUGGAGAGAAGCCCUUUGUGUGUUCAGAAUGUGGGAAAGCCUUCAGUUAUUAUAGCUCUUUCCAUAGACAUAGAAGAACUCACCAGGCAGUAACCUUGAACACAGACCUAGAAGAGACGUCAUAACAGCCAUAAGACUGCGUGUGAAGAACACUUCUGUAAAGGUUAAGCAAGUGAAACACCUGGUCCUGCUCAUGGGUAAAGAAAAAUUCAGGCCAGACAUGGUGUGGCACACCCUUAAUCCCAACACUUGAAAGGCAGAGGCAGGGGAUCUCAGAAUUCAGGGCCAACCUGAUCUACAUACUGAGUUUCCAGUCACCGAUGGCUACAUAGUGUGACUGUUUCGUAUGAAGAGCAAGUUUGACCGGAAGAGAUGGCUUCAUUUGGAACGUGUGCAUAUGCUUGCCCACUAAAAUCUUUGCUUGGCAAAGCACAAUAAACUCAAGAGUAUCGAGUAGUGGCCCAGUCCUUUCACAGGUUUUCAUUUGUUCAUUCCCAUAAACAUCAGCAAUGUGAAGGACUGGAUACACAUUUUUGUUUGUCUUAAGAAUGCCUUAGAAAAUGCAAAAUCUGAAGAAACUAUGUAAAUAUAUUGAACUUGCUAGAAUUCACUAGGGAUUUGUUUUUGUUUAUCGGAAAUAGUCUUACCGUGUAACCCAGACUGUCCUUGAACCAAUUAUAAAUCGUCUCAUUUCAACCUCUAGAUUGUGGGGUGAAAGCUGUCUGUUUCCACAUCCAGCAUCAGUCGUUCAUACCCCACCCCCGACCCCUUUGAUUUCUCCAGACAUGGUUUCUCUGUGUCGUACUGGCCAUCCUAGAACUCUAGAUCAGGCUGGUCUCGAAUUCAAGAGA